AUGUGUGUUGCACGUCCAGUAUCGCAAACAGCGAAGCAAUGGGUGGAAGAUGCGCUGAACGCAUCCCUAAUGCAGCCGCCUUCUGUUGCAAUGGCAUCUGAUGUGCGGGAAAUCGCUGCGCGGCAACAGCACAAGAUGAUGGAAGUUGGAGAAAACAAAAAGGUGGGUACACUAAGCAGCAUUCAUCUAUGCUUCUCAUACAUUUGA